AUGUGUUUGCUUUAUUUCAUCAAGCUUUUCGAAAAAAUUCUUGAUGAUCGACAGGUUGUGGAGAUGAAGGUGAAUUUGCAUUGCGACGAAUGCAUCAGGAAAAUACUGAAAGCCAUAAAGAAAAUAGAAGAGACAUACGAUGUGGACACACAGCUCAAUAAGGUGACGGUGACUGGGAAUGUAACAGAGGAACAAGUCAUUAAGGUUCUUCAGAAGGUGAGGAAAACUGCUGUUAGAUGGGACCAAGCCAAUCAAACCCUCUUUGCCAACUAG